GUCGCGGAUGCGAUUCUAAGAAGCAUCGCAAUUGAACACACUAAACCGAUGCGAGCAAGCUCUACCUUCGACCUCUGAAUCCUAGACUAGCUCGUCUUUCUGGCCAUGUCUUGCAAGACGUCGUCUUCCGCUCGCAUCUUCGUGGAUCUACUACGACCAACUCGAAGGCGGACAAACUGCGAUUGCAUACACACCCGAUACCUGAACAGCAAAGUCCCUCGACAAGCUCGACAUGUCUCCACAGCAGCACCUCAGCAAUCCGAAAUGGAAGUCGAUUCAGAUCGCCUGCCGCGCUGGGCUACCACGCCGGCCGGCAUGAAAGCCCCUGUGCGAACGAGACCAGAACGACCGACCAUAAAGAUCAACACGGAUCAGCGGAAACUCGAUGAUGUUUAUGUGAAUUUCCUGGGACGAGAUGGACACAAGUUGCUAUCAGAAGAGACAAAAUGGCUGGCUGUCACGAGCAAGAGCUUUGAUCACGGUCGCAGAGGGUUUAACGAUCGGCUGGCAUUUUUUGGGAAACGUAUCGUCGAAUUACAAUGCUCACUAGGGCUUCUGAGUGUCUCCGACUCUACAUACUUCCUAAGGAGCGGCGACCAAGAUCCUCACGACCGAAAACCCUUCCGACACCCUGCGAUUGAGGCUGUGGAAUGCCUAUCAGGAGGAGCGCAUGACUAUUUCACACAUCAUAAAGCGAUUUCAAAUUUGGCUACACAGUACGGGUUACCUGAAGUCGUUCGGUGGCAUCCCAGAUUUCCCGACCGACUCGAGGCAUCCGGCGCGGAUCUGGUCUACUCGCAGGCUGUAUUCGCGAUCAUCGGGGCACUGGCGCUGGAGCAAGGAGGCGCAGUCGCGAACCGCAUAGCGAAAGAGAGAGUGUUAAUACCCAUGGGCAUGAAGAGGAACUGGACACCCAAGGUCGCGGCACCUGAGAGCUCCUCCUCUUCAUCGUGAGAUUGGAAAUUCCAGGCAUUAGUGUAUAACAUUUCUUUCAAGCAAGCCAUUGCAUUGUACAGAAUUAAAGGAAAAGAAUGUUUGGGGCCUCUGACACCGCCUGAGCAAUUUGAAAAAGUGCUCAGCCAGCUCUUAUGGCACCGUCAUUGAGUUUUCGGUCUCCGCGUCUCUGAAUCGCAAGGUCUAACAAUUGACAAGCCG